AUGGACUCAGACAUCCUACAAGUCUUCCAGAGAGAACUCACCUGCUCCAUCUGCAUGAAUUAUCUUAUAGACCCAGUCACCAUAUGCUGUGGGCACAGCUUUUGUUGGCCCUGUCUCUGCCUUUUCUGGGAAGAAGCCCAAACUCCUGCACAUUGCCCUAUGUGCAGGGAGCCAUCACAGCAGAUUGACUUCAAGAGCAAUAUUUGUUUGAAGAAUCUGGUAUCCAUUGUCAGAAAAGCCAGUGUCAGGCAUUUCCCGAGCUCUAGGGAUCACAUGUGUGUGACCCACAAGGAGAGAAAGAUCUUCUGUGAAGAGAACAAGACCCUGCUGUGUUUGCUCUGCUCCAACUCCCAGGAGCACAGGGCUCACAGACACUGUCCCAUUGAAGAGGCUGCUGAGCAGUACAGGGAGAAGUUUCUAAAACUAAUGAGAUCUCUUUGGAAAAAGAUCCAAGAAAACCAGAGAAAUCUAAAAGAAGAGAGCAGAAAAAUUAACCAAUGGGUUUGGUAUGUGCAUCUGCACAGAGAGAAUACCAAGGCAGCUUAUAGGAUGCUGCAUCCCAGUGUCCAUGAAGAAGAAAAAGAACAUUUGGAGACACUUUUAAAGGAACGCAAAUUGACUAUACAGCAAAUUAAGAAAAGCAAAGCCAAAAUGCUUCAAAAAGGGAAACAACUAAAGAAAGACUAUCAGGAGCUAAUGAAAAUGUGCCAUAAACCAUAUGUGGAGCUGUUUGAGAAUUUAGAAGACACAUUGGCAGAGUAUGAGUUAGUGUUCCUGCACAUGCCCCAGCCUGUGAGGCCACAGCUCAGUGCUCAGCCCAUCACUGGACUGAGAGAUGAACUUAACCACUUCCAAGUGAACAUUUCCUUCCGUAAUGAAAUAAGCAGUCACAAUGUAGUGCUGUGUGAUGUGAGAAGACUGAUGUUUGGAGAAGAUGAUGAAGAUGAAGCUUUGAAUUCUGACAGAUCAAACUAUUUUGCUGCAUUGGGAGAUCAGAUCUUCACUUCUGGGAAACAUUACUGGGAGCUGGAUGUUUGUGGCUCCUGGAACUGGGCUGUGGGAGUCUGUAGGGAUUCUGUGGUAAGGAAGAACCACACAUUGCCUGAAUUUGAGGACAUGUUUCUCCUUUUAUGUGUGAAGGAGGACACACAUUUCAGUCUCUUGACCACCUCCGCAAUAUUUUCUCUCUAUAUAGAGAGACCGAUGGGCCAUGUUGGUGUGUUCCUUGAUUUUCAAAGUAAAAGUGUGAGUUUUUUGAAUGUUGCCAGGAGUUCCCUUAUAUGGAGAUAUCCUAUUGAGUCCCUGAGUUUCCCUGUCAGGCCAUUUAUUUUCCACAGUCCACACAUAAUUAGGGAUAAUUCAGGAAGUUAA